AAAAGAGAAGUAACAAUAAAACAAGUUGCAGACAGCCAUGAUAUGAGAUCAGAGGUGACCGAGAGGAGGACGUGUGAGAAAAUUAAAAGUCAACACUGGUGAAAUUAAGCAAAUAAAGGAUCGGUGUAGGAUAAUCAGGGUACGAAGAUAACCUAAGAGGGCCAAAAUACUGUUGCUUUUAGUUGAUAAUAAUUUCAAUAGAAAAUAGUCAUUGGUGUUAGUGCAUUUUCAACAUUUGUACCGUGCCUUGGCAUGGUGUGGUCUUCGUCACGAGCAAUGGGAUUAUCUGGCGUUAUAAUGUGCCUCUGUGUGGCAGGAGUGUGGUGUCAAUCUACUACACCUUCAAUCCCAUCUUCAACCCUUAAACCAACUCCCACGGCGGUAACACAUGUCUCGGUGAUGGGUCAAAAUGAGACCAGUGUAACUCUGGAGUGGACGACGAAACUGGGGUACACAUAUGAACUGAAGUUCCAAAAUGGGACAUCAUUGAUAAACACCACGGAAAACACUCAGGCGCUAGAGACACAGACAGUCUCCUCUCUCACUGCCGGGACAGAAUACAACUUCGCUCUCUUCAGUGUACGUGGGAGUGACAGGAGCGAUGGAUUUAACUUUAUAGCUGAUACUGCUCCCAUCAACGUAGCUCAGGUCAAUGUGACAGGGCAAGAGGAGACUAAUGUAACUCUGCAGUGGAACAAAGUGAAUGGGAACGGGAUCACUUAUGAGCUGCAGUUCAGCGAUGGGACUAAUACUACCAUCCCUGUAUCUGAUGUGGAUGGAUCGGUGACAUACACAGUCUCACCUCUCAAUGCUGGGACAAAAUACGAGUUCCUUCUCUACACUGUGUUCAAAGGAGUACCAAGCAAGGGAUACAAUUUCUCCGCAAUCACCCGUCCCCUCGGUGUAGGUGAUGUCAAUGUGACGGGGCAAAAUGAGACCAGUAUAACUUUGCAGUGGAGCAAAGUGAAUGGCACAGGGAUCACUUAUGAGCUGCUGGACACCUCUGGGAGGAAUACUAUCAUCCCUGCAUCUGAUGAAAGUGGAACAGUGACACACAUAGUUUCACCUCUCACUGCUGGGGCAAAAUAUACGUUCACUCUCUUCUCUGUGUUUGAAGGUGUCAGGAGUACUGUUGGAAGUCAAUUGUCUGCAGUCACUGCUCCCCUUAAUGUCGAGGCUGUCACUGUAAAAGAGACACACCGAAAUGAGACCAGUGUAACUCUGGAGUGGAAGAGGCCGGCGGAAGGAGUCUCUAGUUAUGUGCUGCAUUUCGACAAUAUGGGAAAUAAAGACAUUCCUAAUGCAGGAGAAACAGUGACACAUCAAGUUUCAACUCUCGAGUCUGGGAAAAGAUAUGCCUUCACCCUCUUCACUGUGUUUGAAGGCAUCAAGAGCAGAGGAAAAAGCAACUUCACAGUAACAAAGAUAUUUUGCUCUGCUUUAUCCUGGGAGGUCACCAGCUCAUCCAUCCAGACUGUGCUCCUGUCCGAGAUCGUCUCCAAUGGAGAAGCCAAUAAUGGCAGUCAGUCUCAAAUCGUCUAUAACAUUAAUGGCAAUCUGUCAUUCACUCUCCUUUACCCUGGGGCACGGUACACACUGACUCUUUGGUUUGAAAAGGAUUCUAAAAAACUUCCCUUGUGUGAACAGGUGGAGACUGUGGUUCCCCCAGCCCUGAUAAGACCGAGAUGUGACUAUUUGUCCAGUGGCUACGCUUUCUCUCUGGCCUGGGAUGUGCCGGAGGGAAUAUGGACCAGUGUGGAGGUGAAUGUGACUGGGAAAAGCCCUCAGAGGGUGGAGGGAGAGCGGGUGAGGAAGGUGGACAUCAAUGGGGUUCAACCUGCCCAGACCUAUCGAGUGUCUUUGGCCUCAAUCUCUGGGCGUCGGAUAAGUCAGGCUGUCUCUUUCAGCUGUACUACAGACCCAAGAGGGGUCAUUGCAGGGUCAGUCAUGGCUGUGCUGCUACUCUGCCUCCUGGUUUGUCUGGCUUUCUUCAUAUGGCGUCAGAAGCCAGAAAUAUUCAGCCGGCCCAAGUUGUUGUUUGUGGAAUCCAAACUAACCAGCAAUAAAUUCAAAGCUAUUCCCACGGGGAAGUUUUCAGACCACUACCACACAAUGAGCGCUGACACGAACAGAGGAUUCAGUGAGGAGUAUGAGGACUUCGUCCCUGUUGGCAAAGAGCAGACUCAAAAAGCAGCCAUUCUGGAGGAGAACAAGAACCGCUUCACCAAUGUAUUGCCAUACGACUGGUGUCGGGUGAAGCUAACCAUCCUAAACCAAAACAUGAGCUCUGACUACAUAAAUGCCAGUUACAUGCCAGGCUACGGUAACAGCAGACAGUACAUCGCUGCACAGGGUCCCCUGCCCACCACUGUCGACGACUUCUGGAGAAUGAUCUGGGAGCAAAGGGUAAAGGGUGUGGUCAUGGUAACCAACUGCACCGAAGGAGGGAGGACUAAAUGUGAGCAGUACUGGCCUUUGGAUUACACCCCUUGCCUGUACGGAGACCUGUUGGUAACAGUCAGGUCAGAGAAAAGGGAAACCAACUGGACCCUGCGCGAGUUUGUAGUGAAAAGUAGGGACACAUCCGAGGAGCGCCCUGUGAAACACUUCCACUUCACGGCCUGGCCCGACCACGGAGUCCCAGAGGGAACGGAGGCUCUGAUCCAGUUCAGAGGGCUGGUCAGACAGCACAUAGAGAGCCAAAAGAACAGCGGACCCACUGUGGUGCACUGCAGUGCUGGGGUGGGGAGGACGGGCACCAUCAUUGCUCUGGACGUGAUGCUACAACAGCUAGAGAGCGAGAAGGCGGUGGGAAUCGCUGCCUUUGUGCACAAGAUGAGGCUGAGUCGGCCGCUCAUGGUUCAGACCGAGUCGCAGUAUGUUUUCCUGCACCAAUGCAUCAUGGAUUCUCUGGAGCCCAAAGAGAAGAUGAUACAAGAGGCCCUUUACGAGAACUCGGACCUGAUCUACGCCAACGCCACAGCACUGAGGGAGUUCCAAGCUGCCAAUCCAAAGGCCUGAAGAUAAGGCCAUGGAUUGUCUGCUGUGAGUUUGUUUUAUUGUUCCAAUCACAUUGGAACAUUUUUCAGAUGUAAAUGGUAUGUAUACUUGAAAAACUCUCUUAAGUACAAAAUUAUAAACUGAUAACACUUGUAAUGCCCCUUACUUAAGCAAUAAUGCUCAAGGAGGUGUGCUAUAUGGUCAAUAUACCACGGCUAAGGUCUGUUCUUAGGCUAGCUGCGUCGCUCUGGCCAUAUAUCACAAACCCCCGAGGUGCCUUAUUGCUAUUAUAAACUGGUUACCAACGUAAUUAGAGCAGUAAAAAUACAUGUUUUGUCAUACUUGUAGUAUACGGUCUGAUAUACCAUGGCUGUCAGGCAAUCAGCAUUCAGGGCUUGAACCACCCAGUUUAUAAUACACUAUUAUUCCCAAUGGUAGCACAUAGCGACUCUUUCCACAUUGUACUAUUGAAGCACACAGGCUGAUGGAGGAGGAUGAUGAAGUAUUUACAGCCACAUCCAUGUAUGAUUUGUUUUUACCUUCCAACAUAAAUUCAUGUCAAAUUGAUAGAUUUAUGAGAUAAAAAUAUAGAAAUGUAGUGUUCAGCAGUUAUCAAACUAUACAUGUUAACUAGUUCACUGGUUUGAAUCCCUGAACCGACUCGCUGAAAAAUCUGUCUAUCUGCCCUUGAAAAUGGCAUUUAACCAUAAUUGCUCCUUAAAGUCACUCUGGAUAACAGUGUCUGCUUAAUUACAAAAAUGUAAAUGUAACUAGGCAAUACAUCAUUUUGGUUCAGUAGUUAUUAGUUUGGAACAGUUUGAGUUAAUUGUAUUCUUAACAAAUGACAAAUCAUAUCAAAAGUAAAGUGAAUAUUACAUCUUGAAAAGCAGAUACUUACACUGAACAAAAAUAUAAAUGCAACAGGCAACAAUUCCAAAGAUAUUACUGAGUUACAGUUCAUAUAAGGAAAUCAGUAAAUUGAAACAAAUUCAUUAGGUCCUAAUCUAUGGAUUUCAAAUGACUGGGCAGGGGUGCAGGCAGGCCCACCCACUGGGGAGCCAGGCCCAGCCAAUCAGAAUGAUUUCCCCCCCAUAAAAGGGCUUAAUUACAGACAUAAAUACUCCUCAGACCACGUGUAAACCCCCCUCAGACGAUCCAUCAAGCGAAGUAGCCGGAUGUGGAGGUCCUGGGCUGGCGUGGUUGCACAUGGUCUGCUGUUGUGAGGCCAGUUGGACGUACUGCCAAAUUCUGUAAAACAAUGUUGGAGGCUGCAAGUGGUAGAGAAAUUAACAUUCAAUUAUUUGGUAACAGCUCUGGUGGACAUUCCUGCAGUUAGUAUGCCAAUUGCAUAUUACCUGAAACAUCUGUGGCAUUGUGUUGUGUGACAAAACUGACCAUUUAAAAGUAACCUUUUAUUGGCACCAGCACAAGGUGCACCUGUGUAACGAUCAUGCCGUUUAAUCAGCUUCUUGAUAUACCACACCUGUCAGGUGGAUGGAUUAUCUUGACAAAGGAGAAACGCUCACUAAAAAGGGAUGUAAACAAAUUUGUGCACAACAUUUGAGAGAAAUAAGACUUUUGUGCAUAUGGAAAAUGUGUAGAUUUUUGUUCAAUGUAGACUGAAUAUGUAUCCAACUUGAAAGAAUGAUUUGGUGCAGUGAAUAAGUGACUGAAUGUUUGUUGUAAUCAGUCAAUUGAAAAUGUUAAGAUUUGAAUCAUGAGCCUUUUUGAUGAUCUGUUUUGAGUUGUGAAAAUGUACCAUAUGUUUGAAAAUUGCACCAAUGUGAUUGACUUAAAAACAAAAAGUUUAAUCUUGCUCAUUUCUUCUGUAUGUUAAGAUUUUUAUUUAAAUAUAUUCACAUGUACAUAAUGUUUAAGCAUAUAUUGUAUGUAAUCAUUUACUGGCUAUGUUCGGGAGAAUUCAGCACACUUCACAUUCACCUAGGUACCUUUUCUUAUCAUUGUGUUAGAAAAUGCUGCUUGUGUUCUCAAUAAAUGUCAAUUUUAGCCUAUCAAUUUCUAAAUUGCAAUCAAAUGAUUCAUGGAGAAUUAGAUUUUUAGUUGACGUUUAUUGACAAUGCAUAAAAACAUGUAAAUAGAUAAACCCAAAGUAUUGUCAUUUGGUUUUCAUGUAUCACAAAGCGUGAUAAAAUAAAAUAAUUUUUGUCAA